AGCCGAAGUAGGACCACUGGUGCUUUCACUCUGCUAGCAGGCGCCGUCGCUGCGCAGGCAAGGACGAGCGGCAGCAGCCUCCCGGUCGCGGACUGCGUGGCCGGCGCCUCCCUUCGCCCGUGUCCGCUCGCCGCGCAGCAGCGGCCGGCCUGCGGCGGACGGGGGCAGUCGCAGUCGCCUCAGCGGCGAGGCGGCGGCAACCCCCCGAGCCGGGCAGGGAGCCGCGGAGCCAGCCAGCAGCAGAGCCGCGGUGCGCCUCGCCUCGCCUCGCCUCGCCUCGCCUGGCCUGGCCUGGCCUGGGCUCCUCCUCGAUGGCCUCGGGCUGCAGGGACGGCCCAGGGCAGGAAAAGUACCGGCUGGUGGUGGUAGGCGGCGGCGGAGUGGGCAAGUCUGCGCUCACCAUCCAGUUCAUCCAGUCCUACUUUGUUACAGAUUAUGAUCCAACAAUUGAAGAUUCUUAUACAAAACAAUGUGUGAUUGAUGAAAGAGCAGCCAGACUGGAUAUUCUAGAUACAGCAGGUCAAGAAGAAUUUGGAGCUAUGCGGGAGCAGUACAUGAGGACAGGAGAAGGCUUUCUGCUCGUCUUCUCAGUCACAGAUAGAGGAAGCUUUGAAGAGAUCUAUAAGUUUCAAAGGCAAAUUCUUAGAGUAAAAGAUCGUGAUGAAUUUCCUAUGAUUCUAGUUGGUAAUAAAGCAGACUUGGACCAUCAAAGACAGGUAACACAAGAGGAAGGUCAGCAACUAGCAAGGCAGCUGAAGGUAACUUAUAUGGAAGCAUCAGCAAAAAUACGACUGAAUGUAGACCAAGCUUUUCAUGAACUUGUCAGAGUUAUAAGGAAGUUUCAAGAACAAGAAUGCCCACCUUCUCCAGAGCCAACAAGGAAGGAAAAGGACAAGAAAGGGUGUCACUGUAUCAUCGUCUAAGAAUCCUUGGAUCCAAGCUAUCAACUGCCAGAUUAAUUCUAUUCACCUACCUUUCUAUGUGUCUCAGUGUUUUGUCUAGCCUUAUAUGUGCGUGUUGUAUAAAUGGUCACCAAAGUAGCCUUAGGCUAAGAGAACCAGACUGACCCAGUCCUAGAAGACAUCUUAGUCCUCUUGGGGCAGAUGUCAAUACACUGAGGCUUCUUUUAAUAUUCCCAGUUUCCUUCUUCUGUUUCAUAAAGAAGCUUGCACCUUGUGGAGUUUUAUUCACAAUAGAGACAAAACAAUCCUAGACAAGGUAUUGAAGUCAAGCUUUAAAGUUGCUGUAUGGGUGUUCUGCCUCUCCCCACACACCACACACACUUGUGACGUCUUUGUUAAUCACACUCAAGAGGGAGUCCUCUAAUCACAAUGUAGAGUAUUUUUUUAAAAAAGUGGAUUUGGAGGUUUUACCCUUUGAUUAAUUUAGACUUCAGAAUUCAGCUUGCCUUACAGGAAGCCAAUACACUGAAUUUCAUUGUGAGUAGUUUUGUGUCUCAGCUCUCCUUUAUGCUGCAGCUUUUUUCAGUGGUCAGCAGUCUACUGUAUUUAUUUAAUGGCUCCAGUAAUAGCUACAGGAUUAUUACUAUUAGACUAAGUGGCCAAAUAUCUGGGCUCAUUUUUGGACUUGAGCAUUUCAGUUUUAGAAGAUUUUACAUCAUGGUUUGGAAUAAUAAACAGUGUCUUCCUUUUUUUAUCUCCAGGUAAGGGAUUCAAGAAAACUAAACCUGUAGCUUAUUUUGUUUUUCGUGUAAUAUAAAAAGAUGAAUUUGCUCUUUUCAUUGUCAGAUGAUUAAAUGUUUUUUGCUAUAUACUUUUAUACAUUAUUUUCUUAUCAAACUAGUUAACAAGUAUUUUUAUAUGUUUGUAAGCAAAUAUGCUUUCAUGGCAUAACUUGUGUAUAUGUAAAAAUGAGUAUUUAAUUCUCACAGUACACUUUUAACUGACAAAAUUAAUGCAGGAGUUGCAGAACUGUGGUAGAACUUUUCCGUUCCAGCUGCAUCCAGCAGUGGCCAUUCAUGUGCCUGCCCAAUGCAUCUGAUCAGUGUCACGGUUUCCCAGAUCCCUUUACAAAUGACUGGCCAUUAUGUGACAAUUAAAUUGUACAAGCCUUUCACUGAAUGUUCACUUUAGUUGUGGAUUAUGUCAGACUUUCAGUUAUGCAAACUGUGGCUAAACUAUUCAGGACUAUUCUGUGACAUUAAAUAAUGAGUGGUAUUGACAGUUUGUCAUCUUCCUGAAAGUGUAAAGCUGUUCUAUGCAGUUUGGUUAUUAAACAUACCCUUGCAUAAGUUCAAGUCCUAGAAUUAAAGGUGUUGCUUCAUGGAUCCAUGAUGGGGAGGGGAGGAGACGAGACCAGCAGCACAAAUGCCAGUAUUGCAGCCUUCUCCAGCCGGGUGCUUGAGAUCUCUUGGACUGCAUCUCCCAUAUUCCCCAGCCAACAUAGCCAGUUACAGGAGAUGCUGCCACCAUUGUUGAAGUGCUCCGGCUGAGGCAAGUGGCAAUAUAAGCAGCUGAUACUCUUGAAAAUCUUGCUGAUCAAAAAGUAAUAAGCUUCUUCAAUGCAAAACAAUAUAACAUGGUUUGGAAUUUAAAUUAUGAAGUUAGCAGAUACUCAGUGACUCUUACAGUGUAACUUGAACAUAAGCUCCCACAUGUCCCUAGCACAGAUAGAGGCUGUGGAUCAUGGGUCUCCCUCAACUCAGUUGCAGGUGCUGAACUUACAUGGCCAUGUCCGGAAAAUUGCACCAAUCCAUUAUUUGAGAAAAGAGAGUAGGAGACUAGGCUUCAUUCCUCUUGCUCCUGCUUGUGUGCUAGCUGAUUGGAAUGCCAGCAUUUGCAGGUUACGAUUUGAGACUUUUCCCUAUUGCAAAACUCAUAAUCUCAUUACGGUCUUGAUAGAAUUUGCUUGCAACAGCAUUGUAUGAAUUGGUGUGUUACAUUUAUGAACGAUUAAUUGCAAGGCAAGAGACUUGUGAUUCGGACUGCAGUCCUCCUCCAUGUGCAGACUUAACAAAACAUGUCUCAACUGUACACAACCACCACCCUGAUUGAAGCACAGAUAACUUGUUCAGUCCCUUUUUAAAAGGGCAACUUUUUUUUUUUUUAACAGAAUCAAUCUUUAUUUCAGAGACACACCUUGUUCCUGAGUGCCAUCAGAUCUGUACUUUUCAUUCAGCUUAUGGGAUGUGGAGUAUUUUUCAUAGGAACUAUUGAAAGUUCCUUUGAAACUCGAGGCAGGAAAGAUGAAUGGAUUGUGAUAGGAAAAUGACCAGGCAGAGGUUUUAGGGGUGAAUCUGUUUAGCUCCUUCCCCUUCUUAGCAUGGUGUGAGAUGCUGUUCCUUUCCACUGGUGGUAGCAGACAUGGCUGCUGUGUAGGUUGCUCACUGAGGAAGAGAGACAGAUGUCUGACAGUUCUGCUUCCAGUGCUGCUUCAGCUGGCCAGAAAGAGCAACUGGAAUCCCAGUUGUGCUUUUCCUCAGCAACCACAGGAACUGGCUUCGGCUCCGCUCAGUCGCUGCUUCUGGGGUGGGAGGGAGGGACAGCCAGUAUCCCAGCUGCUAGUGCCAGGCAACUGCAGCAGUACAGUAAGUCAGCUGGAAUGGCCUGCCUCCUGCACGUAGCCCGAGACAGUCAAUUACAAGCUCCCCCACAAAGUAAAUAACAAAAUGUGAAGGGCAAAUGGCCUUGUUUUCCCUAUGUGUGCGCCCAAGGGGGAAUUGUUAAGAUAGAAAGCAUUCUACAGAAGUGCAGCUAUUUCCUCUACACCUGUCUUGUUUUCCAGAUUUGGCACUGGGCCAGAGUUCACAUCUUUCAUUGCAGCACCAGUUGCUGCCCACUGUUUGGUUCUUAGUGCAGGCCAAAGUUGUUGGAUACUUUUUUGGUAUGCAAGGUACCCGAAGGCUCUGAAGCAGCAUGCUGGCUGUCUAUUCAACAACCUUGAAAGCAGUUAUUGGGGAAAGAAUAGCAGUCAGAACAGGCACCGAGAGUCGGAAGUUUGUUCAGCUGCCUAAUUUCUUCCCAGUUUGCUAAGGAAGAAGUUGCCCAGCUGAAAACAACAAAGUGUUUCCCUGCUAGCUUCUGUCAGUUUUCGUCCCGCUUGCACUUGCUUCUAGGAAUAACGCUGGAUCCAGGCAUGCUACAUCUAUCACUUUCUUCCCACGACAGCCUUUCGAAGCCUGCAAGCAGGACAUAAGCAUGUCCCAUGUGUGUUUCCCAGCUGUGGUCUAUAGAAGCAUACUGCAGAGUAGACACAGAGGCAGUGUGCUUCGCAAUUGGUAGCCACGGACAGCCCUUUCCUUCCUGAAUGAGUCUAAUCCUCUUGAAUCCGUCCAAGCUGGUGGCCCUCACUAUAUUCAGCGGUUCAACUGGCAUUAAUGCUAUCCCUUUUGCAUGCCAGCUGUUCCAAGUUCAUCGGUAUGAGCACGAUGUGGUCUUCUCCUUUAAAAGAAAAAGAGCCACAGCUAUUCUUUGUAGCUUGGGGUUGACCACACAUGUACAAAUUAGGCCUCUCUCCUCAUUCUGGAGCUGCAAGGAAGGUCAAGAUCAUUUGCUCUACUGACACACCACUUACAUCAAAGUUUUUAAACCCAAUAGAAACUUUUCAGUGGAAUUCUAAAUCUAAGGUGAAUUUACUUGUUAAAAGUUAGGCAGCUACUGUCACUCUGUGUCCUGUACCAAGUAAUUUCUAAUGUGCACUUCUGCCAUUAUAUAAGAGUCACCAGUAUUUUGUGGGAAUCCAAGCUGCUGGUGGUGGGGAUUUCUCUGCAUUUCCUACCAAAGUACACAAGGAUGAAUAUUUGUAUGUUGCUUUGAGAUUACCGUGCUCAGCAGUCCAACUGUUCAAAGAAAAAUACUGAGCAAAGAACUUCAGACAAACUGCACACGAUAAGUCUGGUUGCAAUGGUUUGGAGACUCGCCUUGCAUACUAUAGAAUCGUUGUAAUCCAUUCAACAACAAGAACAACAAAGCAAUUUAGAAACUUUCUUCGAAUGGACAAGCACACUAACAAAUCCCAAAAGAAAGUUUGUUCAUGAUCCACUUUCUCCCCUGUACUUAUGUUAUCCCAGGACUUUAUGCUGGGCCAACAUGCUUGUCUAUAUGCUUUACUGGCUAACAAUCAUGCUCUACAUGAACAGACUUGGGCAAAGAAAAUGCCUUCUAUUUCUAUUGGUGAUGAGGAAACAAGGUCACUUUGAAGUGGGAUGGUUUAUCAUUUGCAUGUAGCAUCAUCCAGGUCUAAUUUGAAUGAUGGAGAGCGCAGUCCUCUGCGUGUUUAGACAGAGAAAGUCCCACAAGUCUAACCAUGCCUGGCUGGAAAAUGAUGUGAGUGGUAGGGCUUUUUUCUGUCUAAACAUUAUAGGAUUGCACCCUUAAGAGCUCUAUCCCAAUUUAUCUGAAGUCCUAUCCCAGCUGUUUGUUUAGGCCAUUUGCAAGCCAACAGCCACGUCCUGCAUAUUUGUAUGCUGCUGUUCAAAGCCAUGGAAACCCAUUACAGAGAAGUAGAGAUGCUUUAUGCACAUGUUCCCCCUACCAGGCCUUUUCAAGGCUGUGUACACCCACUCUGUCACCCUGAUCUCUCUCCUUAGCUUAGCAGCAAUGUAGGCUGCCCCAGCUGUGAUGGGGAAAAACUGGGACAGUUUAUUAGAUAAGAACUAAAAAGGAGAAAAAAAAUGUUUCGGUAGACCCACUUCUUGCCUGGAGAGCUGUUGAUGCCUGAGAGUCUUUCAGUAAAAAUUCUAAAGUGGCACCUCUUUCCAUUGCUGCAAAUGGGGUCUCUCAAUUCCUUUCAUUUUUUCUUUACACCAGUUGUUGAACAGGUGCUACCCUUUAGGGAUUAUUGUGUACAAAGAUUAAUCCUUAUAUCUGUUCCGAGAUUAACAAAUGGCCUGAUGUAUAUUUCCUUUGUUUCUGGAGAAGCGUUUCCCCCUGUCCCUUAAGAUGAGCUACUUCUAAAAUGGAACUGGCCUAUCUGACAAAUUAGUUAGCUUAUUAAGGGGCAGGGGACAUGAUGCAGCCUGUGCAGCGGCAGUUUAGAUGGAAGGUUGCAAUCAAAAGCUGCAUUAGGCUAUUUUUUAUUUAAAAAGGAUCUCCUACAUGAUCUAGUUGCUUCCAUAAUUAUCAAAUGUGUCUAACUCUGUUUACAAGAAGUUUCUGAGCCCCAAAAGUAUGUGUAUGUCAGCCUUUCUCAACGUAGCACUCUCGGGAUGCUCUGGACUACAGCUCCCAGAAUUCACAGCCAACAUGGGAAAGUCCAGCAUAUCUUGAGGAUGCCAUGCUGGGGAAAUCUGAUGUUGAAGAACAAAAGGCAAGUUAUGGAUCUUUCUUUGGAGAUAUUUUAUAGAAGACCCUGUAGACAAACGAGCAGCAUUCAGAAUGGACAGGUAUGUCACUUGGUACCUUGCUAGUGUCCUCAAAACAUGCAGCCUGGACCUGAUGAAUAAGUAACACUUCCUGGUACUGGUGUGGUGUGAAGGUAGGAGACCUUUUCAAUAAAGAUUUAUGAAACUCCUUAGGAGCUGGGGAAGACGAGGAGGGGGAAAGGAAAGGUAUUCUUAAUAAAAUGCCCUUAUCCUCUACUGUCUUCUGCAUUCUCCUCCCUUGCCACUCCUCCAGACCUUGCCUCCUGUGAAAGCUUUGAAACCACAAAUCCAACUCCCCUCAUUGAAACUGAGGUACAAUACAAGCAACUACAUCCAUGCAUAUUCCUGUUACUUUUGCCUCAUUCUUCCUCCUGUUAAAAUGUAGAUUGUAGCCUCCUUGAGGCAGGGACUUGUCUUUUUGCUGAUUGUACUGUACAGCAUCUUGUCCAUGAUGAUGCUGUAUAAAAACAAUAAACUUAAGAUCACUGGCUUGCCCGAUUUUACAAAAAUGCUGGUACAUAAAAUCCUCUUUCUCAUCCCCA